UCCGUUUGAUGGUUAAAAUUAAAUUUUUAUUACGUUUUGUUAUUAAUAGAAAAAUGGGACCAAAUGCCAAAAUGACAUUUUGGAUAAUGUGUUUUCUGUGCAUCGUCACGCCAUUCUUGGAAGCUGCAAGAAUCUUAGCAAUUAUUCCGACACCAUCCUAUAGUCAUCAAAUUGCUUAUCGAUCAUUAUGGGCUGCUCUAAGCCAACGAGGACACGAACUCGUUGUUCUAACAACGGAUCCAGUUAAUGAUCCUGCUAUGACAAAUUUAACAGAAAUCGAUUUCCAUUCCAACUAUAACGUACAAAAACUAAAUUUUGUUAAAAUUAUGGAGCAAUUUACAUGGAUAAAUUUUGAAUUUAACCAAUUCUUCAAUCUGUGCCAUAUUUAUAUAGAAAACAUUUAUAAACAUUCAGAAGUACGUAAAAUGUAUGCAACAGAUAGUGACCAAAAAUUUGACGUAGUACUUGUAGAAAUUGUAAAGACACCUGGUCUUUAUCCGUUGGCGCACAGAUUUAAUGCACCUCUUAUAGGUGUAACAUCACUAAAAUUGUAUAAUCAUGAUUAUUAUCUUCUUGGUGCACCCGUUUUGCCAUCACAUCCAUCAAAUUGGGAAAUGGAGAAAGCUACCGGUUUUAAUCUAUCAUUGUGGCAGAGAUUAAAUAAUUUUAUUCAAUAUUGGUAUUACUUAUAUUACGUGUUGAAUUAUUUUUUUCCUCAGCAGCAAGCAAUAGCAGAAAAAUAUCUCGGAAAAAAUAUACCAGACAUACGUGAUAUGGAAAGAAACAUUAGUAUUAUACUUCAAUACCAACAAGAAACUAUAUCUUUUAUAAGACCAACAACACCUAAUAUUAUAGUAUUUGGAAAUUUGCAUAUUUUAAAAGAACCUCCAGCUUUACCAAAAGACUUGAAUGAAUUUUUGACAGAUGCACCAAAUGGAUUUAUUUACAUGAGCCUAGGUUCAAAUAUAUUUAUGUCACAAUUUUCUCAGCACGUAUUAAAUGUAUUUCAUAAUGUCUUUGCAAGUUUGUCAUGCAAAAUUGUGUGGAAAAUAGAUAAAGAAUUAAGAAAUAAAUCUGAUAAUAUUUACACCGCUAAAUGGUUGCCUCAACAGAGCCUUCUUGCUCAUCCAAAAAUUAGAUUGUUUAUAUAUCAAGGUGGAUUUCAAAGCACGGAAGAAGCUGUUUAUAACGCGGUACCACUUAUAGGAAUACCAAUUAUGGCCGAUCAGUUCGCCAAUAUUAACAAAUUGGUAUCUCUCGGAGUUGCAAAGUACUUAACUUAUCAAAAUAUUUCGAGAGAAAUUGUAAACGCAUCCAUAAUAGAUAUUUUAAACGACAAAAGGUAA